GAGCUACUGGCCAGAGGAAGCAGCUCGCCGAUUGCCCGACUUUUUGUUAAAGGCUUUUGUGAUCAGCCGGGGAGAGUAUUCUUAGAGGUCUGUAGACCUCGUCUUUCCCAGGAUGGAGCAGCAAGCAAAUCGGGCGCAUCGCCCCGCGAAAGAGAAGAAGAAGUUUGACGGUCCGAAUCCGAAGGCGUUCGCGUUCUCGAACCCUGGAAAAUCCAACAAGGCUGGCGCUAGAUCCCAUGAUAUUAAAGAGAAGAGACUUCAUGUGCCUUUGGUUGAUCGCCUGCCCGAGGAGGCCCCGCCGCUUGUAGUGGCGAUUGUUGGACCGCCAGGAGUCGGAAAAACCACUCUUAUCAAGUCCUUGAUCCGUCGAUACACGAAACAGACCCUCAGUACCCCGAAGGGACCGUUGACCGUUGUUACCUCCAAGCGCCGCCGACUCACGUUCCUAGAAUGCCCCUCCGAUUCCCUCGCCAGCAUGGUCGAUGUGGCCAAGAUCGCGGAUAUCGUGCUCCUGAUGAUUGACGGAAACUACGGCUUCGAGAUGGAGACUAUGGAGUUUUUGAACGUUCUCGGCUCUCACGGUAUGCCCGGAAAUGUGUUCGGUAUCCUGACCCACUUGGAUCUUUUCAAGAAGCAGAGCCACCUGCAAGCUGCGAAGAAGCGCCUGAAGCACCGCUUCUGGAGCGAAUUGUACAAUGGCGCGAAGCUUUUCUACCUUUCGGGAGUCGUCAAUGGCCGCUACCCGGAUCGUGAAGUGCACAACUUGUCCCGCUUUCUGUCGGUCAUGAAGAACCCCAGACCCCUCAUUUGGCGCAACUCCCACCCCUACGCUCUGGCAGAUCGGUUCCUGGAUAUCACGCCGCCGACUCAGAUCGAAGAGAACCCCAAGUGUGAUCGGACGAUAGCGCUCUACGGAUACCUGCGAGGCACCAACUUCCCCGCCACUGGUGCGCGAGUGCAUGUUCCAGGUGUGGGUGAUUUGACCGUCUCCGGCAUCGAAUCUCUCCCCGAUCCCUGCCCGACGCCUUAUAUGGACCAGCAGCUCGCCAAAACUUCUGGCAAGUCUAAGCGUAGGCUGGGAGAGAAGCAGAAGCUACUUUUCGCGCCUAUGUCGGAUGUUGGUGGUGUCUUGGUCGACAAGGAUGCGGUUUACAUUGACGUGAAGACGUCGAACUUCGAUCGCGGCGAGGAUGACUCCGACAACGAAGAGCGUGGACUGGGAGAACAGCUGGUUGUUGGACUCCAAGGAGAGCGCAAACUUCUGGGUGAGGCGGAUAGUGGCGUUCGUCUGUUCCGUGGCGGUGAAGCCAUUGCCAAGGCAGACGACCAGGACGAUGCCGUUGGAAGGAAACACAAGAGAAACGUGCGAUUCCUAGAGGGAGAAGAGGCUGACCAGGAUGCUUCUGGGGAUGAGGAUGAAGGCUUCGAAAGUGAAGAGGGCGAGGACGAAGAGGAGAUUGAUGAGGAUGAGGAUGACGAUAUCAGCGACAAUGAGGAAGAAGUCGACGUCUCCGCACCGCCAGAUUUUGAGGCCAAUUUCAAGGAAAGACAGAAUGGCAAUGUUCGCCAGAAAGAGGACGACAUUGCUUUCGCCGACAGCGAUUCGGAUCUCGGUUCCAUCUCCUCGGUAGAGGAUCAGGUCCUGGACAGCGACGAAGACGAAGACGACGAAGACGGAGAUGAUGGUGAGGUUCGUUGGAAGGACAACAUGUUGGCCACCGCCAAGGCCCUUCAUUCGAAACGCCCCAAGUACCGUGUUGCCGAUUUGUCCCGCAUGCUUUACGAUGAAGAGAUCACACCUGCCGAUGUGAUACGCCGGUGGAGCGGUAAGGGGGUGGAGGAAGAUGAAGAUGAGCCCGCAGAGGACGACGACGCUUUCUUCAGAAAGACAAACGUGGAGCAGGAAGAAGCAGCGGAAUACCGUGCUGUUCCUGAGUUUGACUACGCGAAGCUGGAGGAGAAGUGGCAAGACGCUGACAUGAUCGAGUCUCUGCGGACCCGCUUCAUCAGUGCCCGACUAUCUGGUGACGAUGACGAUUCGGAUGUUGAUGACGCUUUUGAUGAGGAUGAUGAGGGAGAUGGAGAGUUUGAAGAUCUCGAGACCGGCGAAGCCUUUGAUGGUUUCUCUGGAGACGAAGACGGUGAAGAUGAUAAAGAAGCUGCAGACGAUGGCCCCGUUGACUUGGACGCAGAGCGAGAACGCAAUGCGAAAAAGAAAGAGGAGUUAAAACUGCGCUUCGAAGAGGAAGACCGCGAAGGAUUCGCCAAUUCCAAAGAUAACUCGCGGCAGGCCGGCGGUGCGGGAGAAGAAGAAUUCGGAGAAGACGACUGGUAUGAUAUGCAAAAGGCCAAGAUGCAGAAGCAGAUUGACAUCAACCGUGCCGAGUUCGACAUGCUGGACCCGGCCUCGAGGGCUCGAGCAGAGGGCUUCAAGGCUGGAACUUAUGCACGCAUCGUGCUCGAGAACGUGCCCUGCGAGUUCGCGACCAAGUUCAACCCCCGUUUCCCUGUGAUCGUGGGUGGACUGGCCCCGACCGAGGACCGGUUCGGAUAUGUGCAAAUCCGCAUCAAGAGACAUCGCUGGCACAAGAAGAUCCUGAAGAGCAACGAUCCUCUCAUCUUCUCCCUCGGUUGGCGCCGCUUCCAGUCCCUGCCGAUGUACAGCACCUCGGACAGUCGGACCCGUAACCGCAUGCUCAAGUACACGCCUGAGCACAUGCACUGCUUCGCCACCUUCUAUGGGCCUCUCGUUGCGCCCAACACCGGUUUCUGCGCCAUGCAAUCCUUCUCCAACAAGGCUCCCGGAUUCCGUAUCGCCGCUACCGGUGUGGUGUUGAACGUGGACGAGCACACCGAGAUCGUGAAGAAGCUCAAGCUCACCGGUGUGCCGUACAAGAUCUUCAAGAACACCGCCUUCAUCAAGGACAUGUUCAACUCGUCGCUCGAAAUCGCCAAGUUCGAAGGCGCCUCUAUCCGAACGGUGUCCGGUAUCCGUGGUCAAAUCAAACGCGCCCUCAGCAAGCCGGAGGGAUACUUCCGUGCUACCUUCGAAGACAAGAUCCUCAUGAGCGACAUCGUCUUCCUGCGGGCAUGGUACCCGAUUAAGCCGCACCGCUUCUACAACCCCGUGACCAACUUGCUGGACAUGGAAGAGGAGGGCUCCGGCGACAGCGGCUGGAAGGCCAUGCGUCUCACCGGUGAAGUCCGUCGUGAGAAGGGCAUUGCUACGCCCAUGAACAAGGACUCGGCAUACCACGCCAUCGAGCGUCCCGAGCGUCACUUCAACCCCCUCCGUGUGCCCCGCCAGCUGGCCGCCGACCUGCCCUUCAAGUCUCAGAUCACCAAGAUGAAGAGCCGGAAGGACAAGACCUACAUGCAGAAGCGCGCUGUGGUCCUGGGUGGCGAAGAGAAGAAGGCGCGGGAUCUCAUGCAGAAGCUCAACACCCUGCGCAACGAGAAGCAGGCCAAGCGGGCGGCGAAGCAGGAGGAGCGCCGCAAGGUGUACCGAGCGAAGGUUGCGGAGGGACUGGAGAAGAAGGCCGAGCGGGAGAAGCGCGAGCGUGAUGAAUACUGGCGACGAGAAGGUAAGAAGCGCAAGAACACGGAAAGCGAGGGUGGCGGGGGCAAGAAGCGCAGGUGAAGCGGCACUGCCUGCAACGACAUGUCUUUUGGAUCUAUACCGGUUGUUAAAAAGUUACUGUGAAUAAUGUCGAUGUGUAUCUAUCUACAUGUUGCAUGGUGGAUGGCGUUGAAUCUUACCUUCCGUUGGUCGGACUAUUGCUACUACAUUUUUAUUUCAUUGGAUUUGUGUUGGAUGUAUUGAUGCUCGAUACCAG